AUGAGUAGUCUUUGUUUACAACGUCUGCAGGAAGAAAGAAAAAAAUGGAGAAAAGAUCAUCCAUUUGGUUUCUAUGCAAAACCAACCAAGAAAGCUGAUGGUUCAAUGAACCUACAAAAAUGGGAAGCUGGAAUCCCAGGCAAAGAAGGAACAAUAUGGUAUGGCGGGUUAUAUCCUUUGACUAUUGAAUACCCCGAUGAAUAUCCUUCAAAACCACCAAAAGUUCGACUACCUGCCGGCUUCUAUCAUCCAAACGUGUAUCCAAGUGGUACUAUCUGUUUAAGUAUCUUAAAUGAAGAUGAAGAUUGGAGACCUGCUAUCACUUUAAAACAAAUCUGUUUGGGGAUUCAAGAUUUAUUGGAUAGUCCAAAUAUUAAAUCCCCUGCACAAGAACCUGCUUUUAGAGCUUAUUCUAAAAAUAAAGAAGAAUAUAAAAAGAAAGUACUUCUUCAAGCUAAGCAGUACGCAAAAUAG